UUGCAUUGCGAGAUCUACUACCCCAAGACCCACUGAUGGGAUUUUGGGUGCCCCCUGCCCUGUAGGUCACUACUGCCCCUCAGGCAGUGAGAUCCCGACUCCCUGUCUUCCUGGCACCUAUAUGGCAGAGACCCAUGGAAAAGAACGGUGCCCCUCAUGUCCAGAAAGGAAGUACUGUAUACCUGGUCAUUUGCCACAGUUAUGUCCCAAAGGUUUUUACUGCCCAGAAGGAACAGGCUUGGACUGGAAGCCUUGCCCCCCAGGGACCUACAACCCUGUCCAAGGAAUAAGAAGCGUGAUUGAAUGUCAAGUUUGCGAUGGUGGGAAGUUCUGCCAGUACCAUAAUGCAACAGAUGUCACAGGAGAAUGCUGGGAAGGAUUUUAUUGCACUCAAGGCUCAGAUCGUCCCAACCCUAUCGCUCAACUCAACGAACAGGCUGGCCCUUGCCCUUCUGGCUAUUACUGUCCAAGGGGCACCAUUAUCCCCAAUCCUUGUCCAGUGGGGACGUUUGCUGCUGGAUCAAGGUUACAUUCGGAGGUUGAGUGCUCCCCUUGUCUGCCAGGUCACUUCUGCAGCACACCUGGGUUGCCAGCCCCAACGGGACCGUGUGAAGAAGGCUUCUUCUGCAUCUUGGGCUCAGUGCUACCCAAUCCACUGACCACAAGCCAGAGUGGAGGGCCUUGUCCCCAAGGUACUUUUGUCUUCAAAAUUCCUCCUCCUUGGUCAACAGCAAAUGUCCAGUUGGGCAUUACUGCCCUCUUGGCACAAUGUCUGAAAAUCAGUUUCCAUGUCCUCAAGGGACUUACAACCCCAACGUAG